AUGGCUGCGUUAUCACUAUCCGAUACCACUUGGAUUGACCAAGCUUUCCCCACCACUACACAGAAAUCCCUAAACACCUCCGUCCGCGAUGCUCUCGCAAAGGACCCAAAAUACUCUACUCUCCUUCACGACAUUGGGAAAUACAUCAUCACGUUGAAACCAGUAGACCGAUCUCCAGAGCCUUCAGUCAAGAAGCGGAAAGUCUCUAAUGAUGUCUCCGCCGAUGAAGCUGAAGCUCCCACAUUCGCUGGAAAAGAAGUAUUGCUCGUUAAAGAGAUUAGCUUUUCAGUUCCACAAAGGAAGAAGUUCACCUUGGCACUUACGGAAGGGGGCAUGAGCGCUAUUGGUGCUGCUUCGGGGGUGACGGAAUUCGGAGUUUCAUGGGAUAACAUCAAAUACGUAUCGUGUCUUCCAGUCCCGGACAAAGCAGCGCGCCAAUGGAAUUUCUGUGUCUUCCCCGAAGGCUCAGAAGGUAUUGGAGACGGGAAUGCAGACGCCUUGGUCUUCACAAUCCCGGACAGCGCACCCAAGACCGCAACUGGAGAUGGGAUGGGUCGCGGAUUUGACACAACGAGCUAUAAGUCACUACUGGUUGACUCUUUCAACGCGCUCCUUAAAGCUUCCAAAUCAAACGCCGUGGUACAGGAGCCCGUCGAGGCUGUAUUCUACUCAGCUUUACCCCAAUCUCACCGGAAGGGUGAAAAGGCAUUCCAUGUUAAGGCUCACCGUGGGAGCAAAGAUGGCUACCUUUUCUUCCUCCGUACCGGCAUUGUCUGGGCAUUCCGAAAACCAUUAGCUUAUUUCUCAUUCGCGGCAAUCAAUUCAAUCUCCUAUACCUCAAUUACCAAACGUACCUUCAACUUAUCUAUCCAUGUCGCCACCCAAUCUUCCCCUGAAGGGGACGAAAUCGAGUUUGGCAUGAUCGACCAGGAGGAAUAUACGGGUAUCGACACCUAUAUCAAGAAGAACCGGCUCAACGAUGCAUCUAUGGCCGAAGCAAGACGAGCAAAGGAGUUCAAGGUCAAUGGUGAAGAAGGGGAUGAGGGUGCAUUGGAACAGGCCAUGGCUGAUGUUGAGGACGAGGAGGAGGAGGACUAUGUCCCCGGUCAGGAAGUAGGCAGUGGUAGCGAAGGGGGGAGUGAUGAUGAUGAUGAUGAUGACAGUGAUGCGGAGGGGAGCGAGGAUAUGGGGAGUGAGGACGAGGGAAGUGUGGAUCUAGAGGAUGAGUUAGGAAGUGAGAUGGAAGACGUUGACGCGGAUAAGCCAAGAGAGAAAAGGAAUAAAAAGUAG